GAAACGUCGUAUAUGGUCAAUGGUAAAUAUUUAUAAACUGUAAAUCAUUUUUGUUGGCUUAGUUAAUUACCGUAUAUGUACACAACUUUCCAAAUUCUAGGUGGAAAAAUCGUCUUACUGGGAGGUAGAAGUUCCGAAAUUUACGGAUGAAAAAUUUAAGAACAUUUUCAGGAUGGAUCGAAAAACGUUCGAAUACCUAGUGUCCAAACUGUUUUACCUAACGAGGGAGGAUACACGAUGGCGUUGGGCAAUACCUCUGAACAAACGUAUUGCGAUUGCGCUAUAUGCAUUGGGGUCAUCGGCAGAAUAUCGGACCGUAGCCAGUUUAUUUGGGGUCGGAAGAACCACCGUCGGAGAACUUGUUCUGGAAGUUUGUGAUGCAAUUAUCCACUCCUUUCAUGAGGAAACAUUUCCAGCAUAUCCACCCACAACCGCGAAAAUUCUGGAAAUUACAAGUGGAUUUUCAAAGCUUGGAUUUCCACAGUGCUACGGAGCUGUCGACGGUUGUCACAUUGAAGUCAAUGUGCCAAAAACAGAAGCCGUAGAUUAUUAUAAUUUUAAAGGUUGGCACUCGGUUGUACUGUUCGCCGCUGUUGAUCACAGAUACCGCUUCACAUACAUAAAUGUGGGAGUUCCAGGGCGCUCCAACGAUUCGACAAUUUUUGAAAAUUCGGCAUUGAAAUCUUUACACGAUUCGCACUCAUUAUUUCAACAGUAUUCAAAGAUAAUUGAUGGCGUGAAUGUACCAAUUCUUCUCAUAGGAGACUCGGCAUUUAAACUAUCUCAGAAUCUCAUGAAACCAUUCCCUUUUGCUAUAAACCAAAACGAGGAUGAGCGUUUGUUUAAUUAUGUUUUAUCGCGAUGCCGAAGGGUGGUCGAAAACGCUUUUGGACAUCUUAAAGCGCGAUUCCGAAAGAUCGGCCGGGGACUGGAAGUAGAUAUUUGCAAUGCCAAUCGCAUUAUCAAGGCAUGCUGUAUCCUGCACAACCUUUGCAAUGAUCAUAAUGAUACAAUUAACAAAUCGUGGACUGCAGAAAUCAAAACGAAUACAUCUAGGCCGCAACCACAGAGGGGAUUGUCUAUAAAAGCUGAUAGUCAAUCAGGGACAACCGUUCGUCGGGCAAUUAUGAGAUAUUUAGCGGCAUUUACUGUCGGUAUCGAAAACCCUUGUAUGUAA